ACUUCUCUGCUCGAGUCUGAUCGAGCUAGCUUGCAAUGGCCCUCUCUCUGCAUCAUUUAUCCCUUUCCUCUAAAAACUUGCAAUUUGGGCACUGCGUGCCUACUGAUGUUAAGAAUGUCCCUGCAGGAGCAGGUGUGCAUUUUGGCCAAACAUCUCAAAUCAAGAAGGGCUUGGUGAAAAGAGGAAAUCAGAAAAGGUGCGUCUUGAAUUUGAUAGGAAAACCAAGUGAUCCUUGCUUGUCACAGGCAAUUGAUGAGUUUCAUGAAAAUCACGAUGACGUUACUGAGAAGUUGCCGGAGAAGCAAUCGGUAGCGGAUGCGUGGAGAUAUAUACACGGAGAAGAUGAUUGGGCAGGACAGCUUGACCCAAUGGAUCCACUGCUCCGAACUGAGCUCAUCCGGUACGGCGAGAUGGCUCAAGCUUGUUACGAUGCUUUCGACUUUGAUCCCUUUUCCAAGUACUGUGGAACUUGCAGGUUUGAACGUCAUAAAUUCUUCCGGAGUUUGGGGAUGACGGAGCAUGGGUACGAGGUAACUCGGUAUAUCUAUGCUACGUCUAACAUUAAUCUCCCAAAUUUCUUCAAGAAAUCGAGGUGGCCUAAGGUUUGGAGCAAAAACGCUAAUUGGAUAGGAUACAUAGCCGUGUCAAACGACGAAACAACAAAACGAUUAGGCCGUCGCGACAUAACUGUUGCCUGGAGGGGGACGGUGACGCGCCUAGAAUGGAUAGCAGAUUUGAUGGACUUCCUAAAACCAAUCUCUGCAGAUAAGAUUCCCUGCCCUGAUCCAGAGGUUAAAGUGGAAUCAGGCUUUGUGGAUCUCUAUACUGACAAGGACGAAAGCUGUCGAUUUUGCAGGUAUUCAGCAAGAGAACAAAUUCUGGGCGAGCUAAAGAGGCUGGUGAAUAUGCACCGCAAGGAGGAAAUAAGCAUGACAAUUACAGGCCACAGCUUGGGCAGUGCACUGGCGGUGUUGAGUGCAUAUGAUAUUGCUGAGACGGGCGUACAUGUAAGGGAGGAUACCAGCGCAAUCCCUGUAUGCGUGUUUUCGUUCUCAGGGCCCAGAGUUGGGAAUGUGAGGUUCAAGGAGAGACUUGAACUGCUGGGGGUGAAGGUGCUGAGGGUGGUAAAUGUUCAUGAUCUGGUGCCUAAAUCGCCUGGAAUUUUUUUCAACGAAAAGGUGCCGGCAAUGGUGAUGAAAUUGGCCCAAGGCCUGCCUUGGAGUUACUCCCACGUGGGGGUGGAGCUGGGCUUGGAUCAUAAGAACUCGCCAUUCCUGAAACCAAAUGCUGACCCUGGCUGUGCUCACAACCUCGAAGCUCACCUGCAUCUACUCGACGGAUACCAUGGAAAAGGGCAUAGAUUUGUGCUGGCAACCGGAAGAGAUCCUGCACUGGUGAACAAAGACUGCGACUUCUUGAAGGAUCAUCACCGCAUUCCGCCGCACUGGAGGCAGAAUGAGAAUAAAGGGAUGGUGAAAAACAAAGACGGGAGAUGGGUGCAGCCUGAUCGCCCCAAACUCUAUGAUCACCACCAUCACUCCGAUUCUGAUCAUGAUAACCACAUACAACAUCCUCGCCUAAUUUCUGCUUCCUGAUU